CUUGACCACACUGCACACACAGACAGGUGGCCUUUAACAAACUGAAGAUUGCCCACCAUCUAAAUGCCUGAGUAAGUUUCUUGACAACAUGGGACAAAGUUCAUGGUUUCAAGUUGCUUCCACCACAGCAGGGUGGAUACAGGUGGCCUUGAACAUGCCUCUCACUGCACUUACCUUCAGUUCUAGAGUGCCCAAUUGCUACUCACCUUUGCACCCCGCUGCUUGGCAAGUGCUUACUGUAUAGAAAUGCCACUACUGGAGCUCAAAGUGAUCUUAGGAAACACAGUGCACACAGUAACUCAGAAAGACUGACCUAGAGUAGCCCAGCCCCAGGGAGGGCUAAAGCCACAACCUCACAAGAGUAAACUUGUUAAUGGUUCCUUCAUCUCACAUGUGUGCAUGCCCACUGGCCUAGAAGCUGAGGGCUGUAUGUGGGCCAGAACCGGAGCUUUCACUCAGCCUCAUAGGUGAGCUAGGCCUGGCUCACAGUAGGGCCUCAGUAAACCUAGCUGCUUAACCCAGCACCAGCUUCCACUGCUGAGAGGCCAUCUUGAAAUUGCAUAUCCUGCUUGAGGGCUAAAUACAGCCUACAAGACUAUUCAGUGUGGCUCUGAAGCUGGGCCAUCUCCAGAGUGGAUGGUUCAACACACUCUGACCCCAGGAGACUUGAGGGACCUCCGAGUGGAACCUGUUAGAACCAGUGCUGAAGCAAAAGACAAUUCCAUUUUGAUGAACAUAAGCUGGACACUCCGGGCAGAUGCCAGCAUCCGUCUGUUGAAGGCCACCAAGAUCUGUAUAACAGGCAAAAGCAAUGUGCAGUCAUAUCACUGUGUGAGGUGUAAUUACACAGAGGCCUUCCAGGGUCAGACCAGACCCUCUGGCGGCAAGUGGACAUUCUCCUACAUAGGUUUUCCUGUGGAGUUGAGCACUCUCUACUUCAUCGGUGCCCAUAAUAUCCCCAAUGCAAAUAUGAAUGAAGAUGGCCCAUCUCUAUCUGUCAACUUCACCUCUCCAGGCUGCCUAGACCACAUAAUGAAAUACAAACAAAAGUGCAUUGAUGCAGGAAGUCUGUGGGAACCAAACAUCACUGCUUGUAAGAAGAAUGAGAAGAUGGUUGAAGUGAAUUUUACAAACAGUCCCCUUGGAGACAGAUACAUGAUUCUUAUCCAAUCUAACACCAGUGUUAUAUUGGAGAGCAAACUAACUCGGACUUCUGUCGUCAUUCCGGUGAAUGGGGAAAGUGAAGGUGCUGUGGUUCAGUUGACUCCAUAUUUCCAUACCUGUGGCAAUGAUUGUAUUCGACGGAAAGGAAUUGUUGUGCUUUGCCCACACACAGAUGUCCCCUCCCCUCCAGAUAACAGCAGAAGUGUGCUAGGAGGCUGGCUGCCUCUCCUCCUCUCGCUGCUGGUGGCCACGUGGGUGCUGGCUGCCGGUAUCUACCUGACCUGGAAGCACGAAAGGAUCAAGAUGAUGUCUUUUCCCACUACCACCUCACUACUUCCUCUUGCUAAGGUUCUAGUAGUUUACCCAUCUGACAUAUGUUUCCAUCACACAGUCUGUUACUUCACUGAAUUUCUUCAAAACCACUGUAGAAGUGAGGUCAUCCUUGAAAAGUGGCAGAAAAAGAAAAUAGCAGAGAUGGGUCCCCUGCAGUGGCUUACCACUCAGAAGCAAGCAUCAGAUAAAGUGAUCUUCCUCCUUUCCAAUGUCAACACCGUCUGUGAUCGGACUUGUGCCCAGAAUGCGGGCGCCCCCAGGGAGAACUCUCAGGACCUGUUUCCUCUUGCCUUUAACCUUUUUUGCAGUGAUCUAAGUAGCCAGACUCAUCUGCACAAAUAUAUGGUAGUCUACUUCAGAGGGACUCAUAUCAAAGACAAUUACGAUGCUCUCCAUGUCUGCCCCAAAUACCAUCUCAUGAAGGAUGCCAAUGCUUUCUGCACAGAACUGCUUCACGGUUCACCUCAUGUAUCAGUGGGGAAAUGGUCACAAGCCUGCUAUAGCAGGUGUUCCCCCUUGUAGCCCACCCAGAAAGAAAGGACCUCAAAUCUUUUCUACUUCCCCAAUUCCAGUAACAAAAGCUUUAUGAUACACUGAAGUUUGCUGCACAGGUUGCUUGUAGAAAUGGUACAAACACAACAACUUUAGAACUGGAAUAGGGAGAAUAAUAAAUUGAGCACACAUGCCUUAGGCUAGCCACUAACAAAUGUUAUGCUUAUUGUCAUGAACAUUACUAACUACUGGCACAUUAACUGAAAUGAAACAUAUAGAGAACUACAAAACUAAAUCAAUCUUGUAUCAAAAGUUUAAAAUAGUUACAAUUAGAAACUAUAAUCAUUCUGGAAUAAAGCAUCCUCCAACCAAAACUCAUCUUCUAUAGCCUAUGUACUGUAG